AUGGCUCUCGAACUGUGGCUUCUAUCCAUCGUGUCUGUCGUGACUACCUUCGUAAUCAUUACUUUUGUAUUACUCAUUUUUAUCUACCUAUCCACUGAUCCUUACCCCAAUACUCAACGUGAGCCAAUCGAAGAAUGCUACUUGGAUCCACAUACGUCCGAGUAUAUUAAGCUUCCUUUCGGCCUAACUGAACGCCCAGAAAAACAGUUGUCUGUGAUCAUCCCAGCGUUCAAUGAGACCGAGCGAUUACCCAAAAUGUUGAACGAGGCGUUGGAUUAUUUGGAACAACGGAAGAAAGUCAACACCAAAUUUACCUACGAAGUCAUAGUCGUGGAUGACGGAAGCGUGGAUCACACGUCUGAGGGCAUGUUAUCCGCUCGGGGGCGCUCUCUUCUCUUUGCCGAUGCCGAUGGUGCAACCAAAUUUGCUGAUUUGGAAAAACUGGAAGACGCCUUGUCCGCCACAAUCGCAGAGCAUUGGGUAAGAAUAUACCUAGUAGCUUGUUUUUCGCAUGUAUUCUCACAAUUCAUAUGUACAAAUGUAGCUAAGCACCUUAUCUUGGCUCCGAUUUUCUCGUUAAGAAAUUUCCGUCCUGCUGUGACAUGGUCCGAAUCGGUGAUGGUAGUCACUGACACGACGAGACUGCACCUUAACGUGGUGUGA